GGAAAAUGGCCUCUCGCUCGAUAAUUCCUCUGGCUUGCCAAAAACCUCCUUGUUGGUAAAUAGGUUGGGGAGGUUUUCUUGCUGAGUAGACGACCAGGCAGGAUUAAAGAUCUGCACCUUCUUAUUCCCUUUCACUUCACUAUCACAUUGUCGAAAAACUCUCCAACAGCAUGCUCUCUAACAUUCCUCGACCUGCCGGUGCCGCUCCUUUGGCUGCAGCCCCACCGGUACCGCCCAGAAGAGCUCAUCCACUUCCAGCUCCUCCAGCUACCGAAAGUCAAGUACAGCAGCCUCGAACUCGCAUUCCUGUUCCGAUUCAUCACAUCCCGACCUCCCAAGAUCGCUUAACGGAUGCCAUGGCCAGUAUGACAUUUAGCGACAAGACGCAGAGUUUACCAAGGAUGGAUAAAAAGGGAAAAGCGCCAGUUGGAAUGGUCGUUAAGCCUGCCCCUCCCCCGAAGCCCACUCGACCUGCCAGGCCGGCCCGACAUGCAUCUCCUGCUGCUGAAGAACAAGAGGUGACUUGCAAAAGUCACAAAGGAAAUCCGAGCAUGGUAACUUUGCGAGAUCAGCGGCCUCAGACCGUCCAUGCCGUUGGAUCCUCCCGAAGAGAAGCCGAUGAGCCCUUCACCCCAAGUGCGGGAACCCGGAGACGAUGUGAAAUGACCAAUGUUUAUUUCCUUGACUACUAUUUUGAUCUCUUGUCCUACUUGGACCAACGGAAGCAGCGCUUACAAAGGUUCAAAGAAGACAUGCGAGAACGCAGGUGCACAGAAGAGCAGUAUAAUACGGAAUGGAAUUACCUCUGUGGAAAAGAGCGCGCUCACCUACGAAAGCGUCGGACAAGGACUCGGUUGGCGAACUUUAGUAUUAUCACGCAGGUUGGGCAGGGUGGAUAUGGACAGGUUUUCCUCGCCAAAAAGAACGACACAAAAGAACUAUGUGCGCUGAAGAAAAUGAGCAAAAAGCUGCUUCACAAGCUUGGAGAGAUUCAACACAUUCUUACGGAACGGGAUAUACUUACCCGCACCAACAGCCCUUGGCUCGUUAAACUACUUUACGCAUUCCAAGAUUACGAACAUGUUUAUCUGGCAAUGGAAUAUGUUCCAGGAGGAGACAUGCGCACUCUGCUCAAUAAUAGUGGGGUAUUGAAAGAAGAGCAUGCCCGAUUCUAUGUUGCAGAGAUGUUUGUUGCUGUAGGAGAGUUGCAUCGAUUGGGAUACAUUCAUAGAGAUUUGAAACCAGAAAACUUUCUCAUUGAUGCUAGUGGCCAUUUGAAGCUCACAGAUUUUGGAUUGAGUCGGGGUGCGCUGAGUCCCGCUGUUGUGGAAUCUUUGAGGGUCAAGCUCGAUAAGGUCAAGGACAUGCCGCUCACGCAUCUUUCAACUGCUGAGCGUCGUAGCAUUCACAAAUCCAUCCGAAGGGAGGAUAUGCAGGCCUAUUCCCUCGUUGGCUCCCCAGACUAUAUGGCACCUGAAGUUCUCAUGAACAAUAAGGCCGGAUAUGGACUAGCAGUUGACUACUGGAGCAUAGGUUGCAUCCUUUUUGAAUGUCUCGUUGGUUAUCCACCCUUCACAGCUCCCACAACCGACGAUGUUUGGGUGAAUGUCUAUCACUGGGAAAAAGUUCUUGAAAGACCACACUACACCGGCGCUGACGAGGAGUUCAAUUUAACAGACACAGCAUGGUCACUCGUCAAAUCACUCAUCACACACACACAAAAUCGAUUGGCAUCUCUAUCACAAGUUACAUCUCAUCCUUUCUUUGCGUCCACAAACUUUGGAAUCCUUCGUGCGGAUGAUCCAGCACAUCCCCCUCCUUUCAUACCUACGUUAAAAGCAGAAACGGAUACCACCUAUUUUGAUGAUUUCGAGGAUCCCAAGGAUAUGGCCAUGUACAAGGAGGUGCAGGACCGGAUGAAGGAUAUGGAAAAGAAGGGUGCCCCGAAAGGUGAUGUAGGGAUGUUGAGGAGAGAGUUUGUUGGGUUCACAUUCAAGCACAAGGAGGCGGUUGGAUGGGAUGGUGGUGAAGCGACGAAUGAGGGGUACACUGGCACUACAAUGUUUUAGAGACCUCAUCUCGAUACUCAUCGGUCCUUGCCCUCGUUGGCCACUUUCAACUUGUAUUCAUUUAGGAAAUCUAUAACUAUGACAGCAACGGUCGAUAUCUAUAUAACGACCAAAAAAAAUCUUAAUUAUGUUGCGAGAAG